AUGAUUGUGUAUGUUGCUUUGGCCGUUGGAAGUUCCCUCUGCAUUCUUUUUAGAGCCACACUUCUUGUCACCGCUUGUUACAAGACUGCCACUGAACUGUUUCAUAGAAUGCAUCACUGCAUUUUCCGUUCGCCGAUGUCUUUCUUUGAUUCCACUCCAAGUGGAAGAAUUAUGAAUAGAGCUUCUACGGACCAAUCUGCGGUGGAUUUGGACAUACCGUAUCAGUUUGGAGGCGUUGCUAUCACAGGCAUUCAGGUUAUAGGAAUAAUUGGAGUUAUGUCUCAGGUUUCUUGGCUGGUUUUUCUUGUCUUCAUCCCUGUGGUUGCUGCCUCCAUAUGGUAUCAGCGAUAUUACAUAGCUGCAGCACGAGAACUUUCGCGGUUAGUUGGAGUAGGCAAAGCCCCUCUGAUUCAGCAUUUUGCUGAAACGAUCUCAGGUCAACAACCAUCAGGAGUUUCAGUCAAGAAUCUAGAUUCCGUUGUGACAACAUGA